CUUUAGACUUAGGAGAGGUAAGAUAUUUUGCAUACUGUUCACUGUUUCUGCUGAACAAAUACUUUAAACACCUCGAUUUCAAGGUAAAACGUUCUUGGCCUCGAUAAGCGAAUUAGCGCUAUGGACGGUGUAAUUGCAGAAUGGGAGAAGUUUGAAAAUUCUAAGAAAUAUGAAGAAGCAUAUUCUGUAGUAUCCAAUGCAAUAAUUGAUAACAAGGAUCCCGAACUGUACUGGAGGAAGGCUCGUAGCUGCAGAAAUCUAGCUAACUCACUGGGUAAAAACGAUAAACAAGUGUAUAAAAAGUACAUCGAAGAAGGUCUUUCAGCUUGUGACGAAGGGCUCCGAAUAGAUUCAGAAAAUUCUAAGUGCAACUCCUGGUACGCAAUAUUUCUAAACUUAUCAUCAGAAAUUGAGGGAAUAAAUAAGCGGAUAGAAAAUUCUUUUAAGAUGAAGGACCAUUGGAUGAAAGCCAUAAAAGCAAAUCCUGACGACGUUGUUACAUUGCACGCUCUUGGGAGAUGGUGUUUCGAGGUUACAGAUCUCCCAUGGAUAAAGCGAAAGCUUGCCGCUACCUUUUUCGGUGAACCACCUACGUCUACCUACGAAGAAGCUCUUAACUAUCUCCUUGAUUCAGAAAAAAGUAAUUUGUGUUCUUUAUAUGCAAUAAUUUUUCUCAGAGUCUCCUGGAACUAUCGUAAAAAAUUCUCUUUAUAUAGCAAAGACGUACCACAGGUUAAAGAAUUAUGAUCUGGCUAAGCAUUAUUGUCAUAAAGUGUUAGAAUUUACGGAAGAUGACUUGGAUACUGAAGAGGUAAUCAGAUGAUUUUUGUUACCUAACUGAUAAACUUAGGCAAAAAAGGAGGCAUCUGAGCUGUUAAAGAAACUGUAAAGUGUUUUCUUAUCCCUUCAAUUAAUUGACAAGAUAUCGUAAUAGCUUAUAUUUUUCUUGACAUCGAGUUUUUGAAUCAAUUUUUAGUAUCAUCUGUAAUGUAUGUUGGUGUUUUUGGCAAUAUUAUGGUGACACUUUCAUUCAUCCUUUCUGAAAUUUGUUAGCUGUUUUGUUGGUUGAAUUGAUUUGUAUUGUUGGUUUAAAUCUUCCCAAUGAUGUUUAAGACUUAAACUAAUGUAGGUAACUCCAACUGAUGAGUCCCGAAUAGAACGAAGCGCGCUCCCUGAAUCCCAAUGAUGGCCACCAUCUAUUCCAGCUUAUAAUGUCUUAAUGAAGGUUUUGCUUGAUAUCCUGAUGCAAAUCAGUCUUGUGUAAUGUUAAAAAAUUACUUGGUCUGUUUAUCUCGUAUAAUUAUUGCUAAUUAUUCUUGUUAGUACUCAAUUCCAUAAGAUAACGAUACAGUCGUCUAAACCGAUGUGAAUUUUUGGCUUGAACAUAUCCUACAAUCUGUAGGACGUUUGAUUUCUUCACUAAACCGUAUGUGGACGCCAGUAUUUGAAAUGAAAAUGCACAAAAUUCUUUACAUUUACCUAUGUGUUUCGAUUAAAGAGUUCACCAGCUUGUAAAGGCAUGUGUGUCUCACUCACCGUCUUGUAUAUUAACUCAUUUUGUGAUCUGUACUUAUUCAGUUUUCAUUUUAACCAAUUCCAAUUCAUCUGCUUCAGAUUUGACAACUGUCUAGUAUCAAUACUUUUCAGAAGAUAAGACUUGUGACCCACUAUGCUGAACGGGUUACGUAAUGGCAUUCAUACGUACAUAAUGCAAUCAGGAUAUUCACAGUGUUCAAGAAAGUUUAUGCAUCACAUGCUCCCAGGCACUUUCUAUGUUUUGAAUUAGGUUUUGGAGUAAUAACCAGGCAAAAUUCAUAUAAUUAUUCAUUAAUUAAGGUCACUGAACCAUGUUUUACGUAUCCUGUAAAGGUGUAUAUGUAAAAUUAGUUCUACGGGAUUUAAAACUAAGUAACGACUCCUCUGGAGUAUAACUUGGGUGUUGAACCCACUCGUGUAAUAGAAAAGUAUUCAUUACUUAACAGAAAUAACCAUUACAAACAUAUAAAAGUGCCAUUGAGUCAAUAUGAAAGACAAGGCUCCAGGCCUUUUUACCUGUAAAUAUUACCGUAAUAAAUACAUAAUUUCCAUGAAACUUUUUCAAAAACUAAAUAAAUUUUAUAAGGUUUUUGCACCGACGUUUUGCCGUUUGAGUUUUAAGACUAGAUAUUUAGUGAUAAGUUUAAGUGAACUGAGAAUUAAGUAAACUAUUGGUACUUAUUGACGUAUUUCCAUCUUACGUUAUUUCAUUCUGUUCGAUACACACAAAUGCUUGUAAGACUAGGCACUAGAAAAUAGUAUAUACCACACAAGAUAUCCUGUUGUUAAAAAGUGGAAGGAAAGGAAGUACAGUCGUUCUAAAAAAAAUGUCGAGUUCUGUGUUAGACACAUUCAUAAAUUUGACAGUUCAGCAGCUUAUUGAGACCGCUUAUACAACGGAACUUUGAACCGACACAGACUCAUAUUAAGAGACAAGUUGAUGUGCGAAGUAUCUAAGUCUUGUGGAAAAUGUUUUGUUUAAAAUAUACAGCGUCUGACAGCAUUUAGUUAACCUGAAAGAAAAGGUUAUUAUAAAAUUAGUAAAGUCUUUCCACUGCGAAAGUGAGUUCACUGCAUAGCGAUCUUUUAUUUUAAAAUGGAAGUAUGUUUACAAAUUAAGUUACAUUUAUUGCUUUUUAUACGGAAUUCUUCAAUCCUAUGUAAUUAACAUCCCGUUUAUUAUAGAAUGUUAAAUCCCUGUGAAAACGUAUGGCAUGACUUAUAUACCUAAGGAAGUCGAAAAUUCUGCAGUAGGUCACAUAAAUUAUCUUUAGCCCAAGAUGUUUAGCAUUUGAGAAUGCUUCUUUUGCUUUGAUAGGACAAUUCAGGGAAGUUUCAGUGCUUGUUUUAAGAAUAAAUGCCCGUUUUCUUAACUCGACUGAAGUGUUCAGUAGUCUCAGUUAGGAUGAAAUUUGAACUACUGAUUAAUAUUAGAAAUCUGAUUUUUAGCAAAUGACCAUCUACUCUCCCUAAUUAAUCAUGUAGUCAUCGAUAAAAGAUGUUUGUUUUCAGUAAACGUAUACAAUAAUGAAUAUGAUUGGAAGUUUGGUACAAGCUGUUUUCUUACAUUUGUCAUUGUACAAAUUUUACAUUCUCUUAAUGUGGUUUAUAUGCAACUAGAGAGCAUUUAAAGCAAAUAUUCUAACUUUAUUGGCGUUUCAAAUGUUUCGAUUAAAUCUAAUGUAAUAUUGAUGUAAGUAAUUUCGAGAAGCUGAAAUAAAUAUUUUUGCCAAUCGAUUGUACAGCUCAAGAUUAAAUUACAAUCUAAAUUUUAUUAUACC